AUUUGCAUCAACGAACGGAGGUUCAUCAUUACUAGCACCAUCAUAGACAUUACCUGUGACACGCCCACGCAACUGCAAUCUUUCUCCUUAAACGGAGCCACAGUGGAGUCUCUCUGUGAGGUGUACAUCAGUGGAGGUCGCAAUGUUGCUCUGAAGCAAACAACCUACUCUACAAGUUCACGGGACACAACAACAGGCAGCGAGCGGGCCGUGGAUGGACAGACUCUUGAAAACAGUGUCGACCUCAAGUGCGCAAUGACCAACGACAAUCACCCAUCGCCUCAUCUGGGAGUGAGCUUUCAGAGGGAUCAGAUUGUUUCUAGAAUUGUCAUGUUCUUCACCCCAGACU